AUGCCACGUUGGGUCAGGUUUGCAAUAAACGGGGCAAUAGAACUAAAUUUUAAACUCAGGAGAGCCGUGAAGAAUUGGGUUUUAAUGAACCCAAGGGAAGAUGAUGAGACUGCUUUUUCUGAGCGUGGUCGGCCUUGCUUAAUACGUGUGAUUGAUGCAAUCAGUGAUCUUGUUAGCAACGACUUGAGUCGUCGCAACUGUGCAGCUCUUACUCUUGGUAGAGUAACUGCCCUCUCAGAUGAAUGCGGUCUUUAUGUGUACAAGAAUCAUGGUCUGUCAUUUUUACUAGAUGCUUUGGAUUCUUCUAAUAGAGGCGUGCACGAAAGUGUUGUUGCUAGACAUCUUCUUUUUUGCCUUCAUAAUAUUUUAAAAAUCAAAGCUGUUCAGCACAGCAUCAGAGAGGAUGAGGAACAAAUUACCGAUUUGGUGAAGAGCUGUUUUCAUUAUUUUUUUGCCUAUUAUAAGGUGCACGAUGCAGUGUACAAUUCAGCGAGAUGCCUUAUUAUUAUCGCUGAUAUUAGUCCAGUAGCGAAGAAGUUUGCCGGUGCCAGUUAUUAUAUUAGUGAAGCACUUCGGAAGUUCAGUGGCGUGAAGGAGCUGUGUGAUGUUUUAGCCAUAAUGCAGAACGUUUAUUUAAGCAAGUGA